AUGAGUUCAGCAUCAAGGCAAAAGAAGAAAAAGAAAAAUAAAUUUGGUGCUACAUCUCCACCAUUUAUUGAUUACUUGAAGGAAAUUUUGAGAAGGUACCCAGAUGGGGGACAAAUAUUGAAGGAGCUGAUACAGAAUGCAGAUGAUGCAGGAGCUUCAACUGUGGUGUUUAUUCAUGAUGAGAGACAUUAUGGGACUCACAGCCUGUGGACUGAAGAGCUUGGAAAGUAUCAAGGACCUGCUCUCUAUGCCUUCAAUGAUGCAGCCUUUACAGAGGAAGACUGGGAGGGUAUUCAGAGAGUUGGCAGAAGCAUCAAGCAGGAUGACCCAACGAAAGUUGGGAGAUUUGGGAUCGGUUUCAACUCAGUUUAUCAUAUUACAGACUUGCCAUGUGUCUUCAGUUCUGAACACCUAGCCAUUUUUGAUCCACAAAAGAUGAUGUUUGGAGAGGAUGAAGAAGGCUAUCGAUGGUCUUUGAAUGACGAAGAGGACAGAGAGAGCCUUUUGAACUUGAGAGAUCAGUUUCAGCCCUUUCAAAAUACUGUCAGUCAAGUAAAAAGUUGUACCUGGGAGAAGGUCAUCAGCGAGGAGCAAUACUUCAAAGGAACGCUCUUCCGCUUUCCUCUGCGUAAUGAGGCUUCUGAGAUCUCCAAUAACCUAUAUAACACCACAAAAGUUACCCAGCUCUUUGACAGUUUCAUUGCUGAUGCAGACAUCAGUCUUCUUUUUCUGAGAAAUGUGUCAUCUAUUACUUUACUGCAUAUUGACACCAAUGGCCUCUGCAACAAUAGGCUGAAAGUUUCAGAGUCAAAUCACUUUAUUACUGACCUUUCUCAUAUCAAGCAGGAAUCGUUUGACAGAAAAACAUGUUUAAAAAAAAAAUCACAGAUUUCCCAGCAAAUGGAAGAAACAAAGUCCCAGUGGCUUGUGACAACUUGCCUUCUUAAACAGGGAUAUAUACUAGAGAUUGACUCUCUAGCUAGUAAGCUGAGCUUCUACCCUCAAGCUGACGCAGCAUUUCGAUUAGAUGAAGACAGAUCACUUUGCAAUGGGUGGCUAUGUUGCUUUCUGCCACUUCCAAAUAAUGAACAAAACAAAACCGGACUUCCCAUUCACAUCAAUGCUUGCUUUGGCCUGACAGACAAUCGGAGGUUCAUCAAGUGGCAAGAGGAGGAUCAGAAGAAUGAUGAGUCUGCGAUGUGGAAUGAGCUGCUCACAAGAGAGAUUCUUCCCCAUGUAUAUCUCAAGAUGAUUCUAGAUGCUAUUCAGUUAUCAGGAAACUCAGCCCUGCCUUCUUCCACUGUGUACAACCUUUGGCCUGACCUAUCGAAGACU